GAUCUCCAAGAAGACGACUGGACAAUGCCCUGGUGUCAUUUUCCUCUUUCCUAGCUUCACUAUGGGUCGCAGCCUUCUGCGGGCCCCUAGUGCCCGCUUCCCGGAACCCAAACCCGGGGCCGCGUGACCCGGCCAGAAACGCGCGGCGCAGCACGUGUCCGCGCAGUCCCGGGGCUCGCGCCGCCGCCACCGCUCGCCAGACUCCUAGGACCGGGGCCACCGCCAUGCUGUUCCGCUUCGGUGUGGUGGUGCCACCGACGGUGGCCGGCGCUCGGCCGGAGCUGCUGCUCGCGGGGUCCCGGCCAGAGCUGGGGCGCUGGGAGCCGCGAGGCGCCGUGCGUCUCAGGCCCGCGGGCACCGCGGCAGGAGCGGCCGCGCUGGCGUUGCAGGAGCCCGGCCUGUGGCUCGCCGAGGUGGAGCUGGUCCCUGAUGAGGCGGCAGCCGGCGGGGCGGAGCCGGGCCACGAGGACGCGGGCCGUGUGGACACGUUCUGGUACAAGUUCCUGCAGCGCGAGCCCGGAGGCGAGCUGCGCUGGGAAGGAAAUGGACCUCACCAUGACCGUUGCUGCACAUAUAAUGAAAAUAAUUUGGUGGAUGGUGUUUAUUGUCUCCCAGUAGGACACUGGAUUGAGGCCACUGGGCACACCAAUGAAAUGAAGCACACAACAGACUUCUAUUUUAAUAUUGCAGGACACCAAGCUAUGCACUAUUCAAGAAUUCUACCAAAUAUCUGGCUGGGUAGCUGCCCCCGCCAGCUGGAACAUGUGACCAUCAAGAUGAAGCACGAACUGGGAAUUACAGCUGUCAUGAAUUUCCAGACAGAAUGGGAUAUCAUACAGAAUUCUUCAGGCUGUAACCGCUACCCCGAACCCAUGACUCCAGACACCAUGAUGAAGCUGUACAAGGAAGAAGGCUUGGCCUACAUCUGGAUGCCCACACCAGACAUGAGUACUGAGGGUCGAGUGCAGAUGCUGCCGCAGGCUGUGUGUCUCCUGCACGCGCUUCUGGAGAACGGACACACAGUGUAUGUACACUGCAAUGCUGGGGUGGGCCGCUCCACAGCUGCUGUGUGUGGCUGGCUCCACUACGUGAUUGGCUGGAGUCUGCGGAAGGUGCAAUACUUUAUCAUGGCCAAGAGGCCUGCAGUCUACAUUGAUGAAGACGCUUUGGCCCAAGCGCAAGAAGACUUUUUUCAGAAGUUUGGGAAGGUUCACUCUUCCAUAUGCAGUUUGUAGGUGACCCGCCUGCCUCCCCUUUGAGUUGCCUUAAGGAACCUGGGGGUGUGUUAGUGGAAUACCUAGAGACUAAGACCCCAUCUGAGCUGAGGAGACUGCGACCCUCAUGUCACCUGGGGAUACCUUCUAUUGCAGCUUGGCUGGGCUUAACUUUGAAACAAUUUAUAAAGGAACCUGCAUGCCACAUGAAAAAAAUUCAAAGUCAGUGGGGCCGUGAAAUGUAUGCCUGUAUUUGCUGCUGCCAUCAGCUGGGGCCUCUGCUUACAAGCUUUGGAUAGGUUGUUAUGGAUUUGUGACUUUUUGACAUUCAGAAGACAAGAGAGUGGAUAAGCAUAUUUUAUCAUUACUGUGAGAAACACAUACUGCAUGUGCACACACACACACAAACACCAACUUUUUUACUGAACUGAAAUUAGUUAUUUGCCAGUGGAAGGGAUAAAUAUAUAAACGUGCAUAUGACACAAAAAGAUCUCACCAUGGUCAUAAAACAAUGCCUUUCUGUAAUUUCCUUUGUCCCAUUUUAUAGUUGUUAACCUCUCCAAGAUUCCACCCUCCUAAUUUUCCUGUCCUCCCAACAUGGCUGGAAUAGUAGAGUUAGCCCUCUGCUUUUUCUUGUCUUUGUAUUGCUAUUUAUUUUCUUGAGACAAUUUGUACUGCUCAGUUUAGUAUAAUACACAAAGGUUUGCCUUGAACUCCUGGUAUUCCUCCUGUGCCAGCCUCCUGAGAACUGGGAUUAAAGGUGCAUGCUACCAUACUUAGCAGCACCAUUUUUCAGCUGAGGUUUAUUGAGCAUAGCUGGCUUUCCCAGCCCUACUGGUGAGUAGGGGCGAGAUGAAGUUGGUAAUUUAAUUUAUUUGGCUCAGUGCUGCUUUCAGUGCAAUUAGUUUCAGCACACCGUCAUGGAUGCAGCUUUUGUCUUUCUGGGGGUAAAGUCACUACCCAGCAGUUGUUUCUGCAGUGAGAAGUGGGAGAGUGUUAUGAUCAGUUGCCAAAGAAUUUAGGAAUACAGUUCAACCUAUUUUAAACUGUGGUGUGUGAUCUCAAAGCCAUGGUUAUCUGAGCCAUACUUCUCCAAAGGAAUAAGCCUGAGGAGGCCAUGUCCACAAAUCAGUGUAAUACAGAUAGAAGCUGACCCUGGCUCAAUAUAACUCAAUAUAACACAUGAUUGCUAGUCCUCCCAAGUUUGUGCUUUAUUCCGUACUUUAUCAGAAGUACAAAUAUCAGCAAAACUUUGCCCUGCAAGAUACAAUCUAGAAUCAGACCAAUGUUCCAUCUUUUGGGAGACCAGUCCCCAGGUAAGAAUGGCAUCUUAAGGGAACAGAAGGGGGUUUCUCUCUAGUUGAGUGCCACUCUGUGCCAGCCACUUCCCUAAGGCUAAUGCUAUUGAAAGGGUUAGGCUAACUUUGUAACCUAUAUGUCUUCUAAAGCCUAUAGUUUUGAGUUUUAGGUCCAGGUUAAGCUAAAGCCUCUUAGUACCUUUCCAGAGAAUGGAGGAAUGUGACCCUAUCUGUGCGGACAAAUAUAUAUAUAUAUAUAUAUAAAAGACAAGCAAACAAUGACCUUCACUCAGCAAAAGAAGGACCAGACCCUUGUCUUUGAGAUAGCGUUUCUUAGCAACGAACCUAGACUUCUUCUGAGUAGCUUUUGACCUCCAGCCAAAAGUCUAUAGUCCCUAAUCUUCAAGGAUGAGCUAACCACCCCCACCUUCAAUUGCAGCUGCAUCCAUACUUGGCAGGACUGGCCAAGCUUGAGCACCUAAGACUAACCAAUUAUCUUACUUUAUAGCUUCCUCAUCCAAUCCUAAAUUACCAAAACCUCAACUUCAAAUUUCCCACAAUUUUUCUUUUAAAAACCUAAAGGCCUUUGUCUCCCGGUGCCACUCUUUGCUGACCGGCAGGGGUGACCCCAUUGUGCAAUGGUUAAUAAACUUCUUGCUUUUGCAACGAGUCUUGGUCUGGGGGAGUUUCUGGGAAGGGCGCGAUCUUGAACUCCUGAGCUGUGAGACCCCAGAUCUUACACUAUCACAGCUCCCUCCAGGGAAGGUCAUUGUUUCUGUUCAGACCAGGAAGUUGAGGCCCAGAGAGGUUAUAGCACAGGGCCAUUUUCCUUGUCCUGGAUGGAGCCCAUGGAGUGAGAUGCAAAUCUAGGUUUGUCUCUCAAAUUUCAUAUUGUCAAGAGUUAAACUGUGAUGCUUAAAUAUGUUCUUUUCCUUAUUUUUAAUUUUUUUCACUUUUUAAAAAUUUAUAAUUUUAUAAAUUACAGAUUAUUCACUUUGUAUCCCUGUUGUAGCUGCCUUCCUCAUCCCCUCCCAAUCUCACCCUCCCUCCCUCAUCUCCUCCCAUGCCCCUCUCCAAGUCCACUGAUAGGGGAGGUCCUCCUUCCCUUCCCUCUGACCCUAGCCUGUCAGGUAUCAUCAGGAGUGGCUGUAUUGUCUUCCUCUGUGGCCUGGUAAGGCUGCUCCCCAUCAGGGGGAGGUGAUCAAAGAGCCAGCGACUGAGUUCAUGUCAGAGACAGUUCCUGUUCCCAUUACUAGGGAACCCACUUGGAGAUUGAGCUGCCAUGGGCUACAUCUGUGCAGGAAUUCUAGGGGUACUAGGUUAUUUACAUGCAUGGUCCUUGGUUGGAGUAUCAGUCUCAGAAAAGACCCCUGUGCCCAGAAUUUUUUGAUCUGUUGCUCUCCUUGUAGAGCUCUUCUCCCCUACAGGUCUUUCUAUCUCACCCUUCUUUCAUAAGAUUCCCUGCACUCUGCCCAAAGCUUGGCUAUGAGUCUCAGCAUCUUCUUCAAUUCCUUGCUGGGCAAAAAGUCUUUCAAUGGCCCUCUGUGGUGGGCUCCUGUCUUAUUCCCUGUUUGCUCCCUCUUCUGUUGUCCAUCCCCUUUGACUUUCUGCAUGAGAAUUGAUCAUCUUACCCAGGGUCCUCCUUCUUGCUUAGAUUCUUUAGGUGUAUAGAUUUUAGUAUGUUUAUCCUAUAUUUUAUGUUUAAUAUCCACUUAUAAGUAAGUAUAUUCCAUGUGUGUCUUUCUGCUUCUGGGAUGACUUACUCAGGACUUUUGUAGUUCCCACCAUUUGCUUGCAGAUUUCAUGAUUUCCUUGUUUUAUAAUCAUGUGUUAAUAGAUAGUAGAGAUGGUGAUUUGGGAGGCAGAGGGGACAAGAAGGCCACAGCACAGGGAGAGAUGUCUCAGUGUGGCAUUUGCUUUGGGUAAAACGACAUACAAGAAACAGUUCUCCUGUAAUCUGACAAAGUAAAGUCUAUAAAUCAGCAUCAAAUGACACCCGUCCUCUGCUAUGAAAUAUAGCUAGUUGUAGCUAUUGUGUCUAAGAACCAAUAUAUAGUCAUGUAUAUGUAAAUUUAAUUUUAAAUGUAAUAUUUUAAACUAAUAUAAUGGUGUGUGUGCUGGUCUCUGUGUGCUUGUGUGUGAAUUUUCUUAAUGUCCUAAGAAAUCUGGCUAUAUAAGUUCCACUGUACAAUGGUCUCUUCCAGGUGGCAUCUUCUCUGUGUCUCUGAUAAAUAAAAUUGUUUAUCACUAUUGAACAUUUUAGAAUGACCCCAAUUUGCCCUCAUUGAGUGGAUUGUCCAACAUGUCUCAAAAUCACCUGGAACCUUUGCUAAAUAAAAGCAUUAAAAAAGA